UAUUAUAGUCAAACAUGAAAACAUGUUCCCUGUUGCCACAAUAUGAACCCCGGAAAAAAGUAAUCAAUGGACGAGCAUCUGAAUGUGAUAUUCUAUCGCUUUCCCUUUCCCUGUCGUCACAAUAAGAAAACCCCAAGCAAAAAUGAGCCAAUCAAUGGACAUGCUCUGGAGUGCGGGUAACUAAUACCUGCAUUCCAGUUUAUGCACUGUGCAUGUAUAUGGAUACGAUUUAACUCUGACACUUUUUCAACAGAAAGGUCCCCAAACUAUGAUACAAAUGAAGAAAAUCUUUCCGGUUUAAAUGUUUGUUGUAAAACAAGGAAGUCAAUAUCAAAGUACAGGUAUAAAAUAUAAACUGCAAAAUGUUUAUAUUUGACACCUGUGAGAAAAUUUGAGGAUUACGAUUUGAAGGUAAAACAUGGCAGUCCCAGGAAAGAAAGCAUCAAAACAAUUUUCGUCAUCAACAACAUCCAUGGCAUCAGAUGAAGAUCUUCAAGUUUACUGCCAGCCUUGUGACGAGGAAGGAACUAGACUACCUGCCCAUGGAUACUGUACUGACUGCAAGGAACACCUUUGCAAGACAUGCUUUAAAGCACAUAAGAUAAACAAGUUUACCAAAAAGCACAUACUUCUGGAUGCAACAAGUAUGCCUAAAGUUUUGCAGCAACCCUCAACAUUUAUUCAAACAGUCCUGUCUGAUGAUUUGACUAUGCCAUGUCCUAAACAUCCAAAAGAAAUGAUUAAGUUUUACUGUAAUGAUCAUACAGAAUUUCUCUGUUGUGUUUGUGUUACACUUGAACAUCAAGCUAAUUCCUGCAAAGUCAACAAUAUACCAGACAUUUCUGGUGAUAUAAUAGACAGCAAAGAAUACCAAGUUAUCUUGAAUGCAUUAAAUACCACUUCUGACAAAUUUCAACAGAUAUUAAAAGAUGUCAAGGACAUGACACACAAAUCAUACAGCUCUCUCAAAGAUGCAUUAGAUGACAUUAAAAAGUUUCGGCAAGAAAUCAACCAAAGACUAGAUGAAUUUGAGAGACAGGCUGAAGAUGCAGUUAAAGUCAUAGAACAAGAAAACAACAAACAUCUGAAAGCAGUAGAAACAACAUGUGAGGAAGUUACCAAAUCUCUAAAGAUAUCAUCAGACAAAAUCAAACAACUCAACACAACGAAACAAGCUGACAAACUCUUCAUUGAUUUAAAACUUGCAGAGAAAACAAUCAAAGUUAUGGAGGGAAAACUACAAAAACUGUCAUCAUUUGAUAUCAAAGAGCACAACUUUCAAUCGAAUGAUGUAAUAUUAAAUUUGAUUAAAACAGAGAAGUCACUGGGUACAUUGACACAGAAAACUUUAAAUAAAGAAUGUCAACCUGUACAAAUAAAGUCUAGACAAUCUUCACAUGAGGGAGAAAUUUGUGUGAUGACAUCAAAAGAUAAAAGAACAUGCUGGAUAACAGGAAUGACUCUGCUGACUCCUGAUCUUCUUAUCAUCACUGACUACUAUAACAAUGCUGUAAAGAUGGUGGAUACCAGCAGUAAAUCUGUGUCUGAUCAACUACAACUAGAUGAUGGACCAUGGGAUAUCACCACAGUAACCAGUACUGAACUUGCUGUCACACUCCCUAACAAACAUACAAUACAAUUUAUAUCAAUAUCAUCAAACCAACUUAUAAUGAAGCAUACAGUUAUGGUUGGUGGAGACUGUCAUGGUUUAAGCUGUUGCCAAGGUAAACUUGUUGUGUCAUUCCGUACCCCUACAAAACUUCAGAUCCUUGACCUGAAUGGCGCAAUACAAACAACAAUUGAUGGAAAAAAUAUUUUCAAAUGUCCACAACAUAUCACAUGUAACAGAAGUUCAAUCUAUGUAUCUGACAGGGACAUGGAGACAGUAAUAAGAUUAAACUGGCAGGGUGAUGUGAUAGGAAGUUCUAGUGGUAUAAGUGAUCCUAAGGGAAUGUCACUGUCAGAUGAUGGUACUUUCUUUGUGUGUGAUAUGAAGAAAAAUGUAAUAGAAGAUAUAUCAGGAGACUGUUCUACAGGAAAGAUUGUGUUGAAGAAUCUGGAAAGUCCAUAUGCUGUAUGCUGGUGUGAGAAAACAAAGAGGCUUUAUAAUAGCUGUUUUGCUUUUGAUGCUAAAUAUGACAACUUCCUUCAAAUACAUAACCUGUCAUAGACUUAAACAGAGACUAAAUAUUAAACAAUGUCAACAGUUCUUAAAUUCAUCAUUCAUUCUUUUAAAACUGGUCUAAAAGUGAAAGCAUAAUGAAAGACUUAGCAAGAUACUUGUGUCUCAUUUUGGCACAUGAAGAGUAACAAGAUUAAACUGGCAAGUUGAAGUGAUUAGUAGUUAUAGUGGUAUAAGUUUCCCUACAGGAAUGUCACUGUCAGAUGAUGGUACUGUCUUUGUGUGUGAUAAUGGGAGAAAUGUUAUAGAAGAGAUAUCAGGAGACUGUAUUACAGGAAAGUUGGUGCUGCAGGCUCAGAAGACACCAAGGGCUGCAUGUUGGUGUGGAGAAACAAAGAAACUGUAUUACAGCUAUGAUUUCAAAGAUGGAAAUUUUCUACAGAUCUAUAAACUGUAAAAGUCUUGAACAAAACAAUUUGAACAGUUCUUAAUGGUCAAAAAAAAUCUUUUCAUUAUGCAAUCCACAAAACUAAAAUGUGAAUAAAAAUUUGCAACUUGCACUUUGUCUCAAUGAAAAUUUUCAAGAUUUCAAUCUAUGAAGUUUAAGUUAUUAUUUCAAAUAUAAAAUGUUCUUUUUGACCUAUGGUCUGGACUAAAAAGUAGCAAGAAAAAUAACAAUAACAGAGGGGAAUAACUCAAAAUGAUGAAGGGUAGAGUUAUAAUUCUUAAGUUUUGCAUCUUUCUUAAUGUGAUCUAUCUACCUACCAGUGAAGUUUCAUGUUCUUAUGUCAAAUACUGUUCAAGUUUUUCAAGUUAUCCUCAUGCCAAAAUAUGAGAUGGCAGAAGGAUUGAAUGACUAAUGGAGACUAUCGCCAUAUUCUCUGCUGUCUUUUUCAGAGUAGGAUAAAAUAUCUAUUCUAACAAGACCCGCAUUUUUCCCUAUUGAACAUAGUAGAACCAAAAGUGUGUUAUUAUGCAAUCAAAACACUGUUGACGUUCUACAUUUAGACAUGUGAUGUUAUCAUUAUACAUGUGACGUAACCACUAAAAAUGCUACACGCUGAAAGUAAGUACAGAAACAAAUCAGGCGCAGUUAGCUUAAGAUCAGGUAUGGCAGCAUUUAUUUGUUGAUGUUGUGUUAGAAUCAAAAUAAUAUAUCCAAAUCAAUAAUUUUAUCGCUUGAUAAAAUCACUGUUUGUCAUUCGGAUGAUCAUCAUUAUAUCACUUGGGCUACGCCCCAAGUGAUAUAAUUCCUUGAAUCCAAACUCCAAAUAUUGAUUUUAUUGAGUGAUAAAAUCACUUUUUGGGAUAUUUUAUUUCUUAAAUGGUGUUAGAAUGAAUGAUAUGAGUCAUCCUUGUACUCUAUGAUGAUAAAUAGUUUGCUGAAAAACUAGAAGACUUAAACAAGAUGACUAUACUGUGAUGCUUGUGAUGCAUGGAAUAAAAACAGACAUAUGAACAUUUUGUUCUUAUUUAUGUAUGUGAGAGACUUUAACAAUUAUCACAUUCAAUACUAUUAAGCAAAACUUCUGUCUUUCAUUUUACACAAGGACUUUAGCAUAACAAAACUGUUUUCAUAUAUCCUACACUUAAAAAUAGAUAAAUACAGAACCCCUAAAGAAAGCCCAACACGACAAAAUUGAAAAUGUUGCAGGCUCGGUUUGAUUGAGCCUGUUCAUGGACGGUACUGGAAAGUGCAAUUACCGUCCACGCCCCCUAGCACCGGCUUAAGCAGAAUUCAACAUUUAAACAUGAAAUAGUGAAAUUUUGAAUUUAGAAACAUCCGCAGAUGUGUUCAUACGGCGGUUAUCAUGGAACCUAUAAUGUGACACUACCGUGCCAUUCCAUGAAAAGCGGCGUAUAGUCCCAAAGUAAUAAAAAGCGUGUGCCAGUUUUAACAAAACAUAUUUUUGCCUUAAAAUAUAUGCCUUGCUACCAUAAAACAUUUGUAACCUUUACAUUCUGGUGAUUUUAAUAAAAGUUCAUAACAGCCUCUUGUGGUGGUGAAAAUGAAUGAAAAGCUUUGUUUUAAAAGAAGGUAUUAUUUCAAAGUUAAACUGACCAUAACUCUUAUAUCAUCUAUAUAUGAGUGACACUUAAAAAAGGAUUGGAGCACCACACUAAAUACCAUAUUCGGGUAUAUACCAGAAAAGGCACUUGAAUGAUUAAAUGCUAAAAUAUCGCCUUUUCACCCAAUGAAAUGAACUUUAAAAUGUCUAAUUCCUCUCUUCACAUCAAUUUAUAUGCGAUAAUAAAUGGAAAAUGUAAGAAUCAGCAAAAAAAAAAUGUCUAUUUUGUGAUCAUAUUUCUGCAAGCGUCUAGAGGUACUGCUCCAACACUGUAUCGAGUUCAGUAAUCUAUACUCCAACACUGUAUCGAGUUCAGUAAUCUAUUUAUACACACAGAUUAGUUUUAUCUUGAAUGGUUAUACAAAAUUGUCUUACCACAUGAUGGUGUAUUAAAAUCCCAUGCCCCAUCACUACGGCAUUGUAAUGCUGACUGCUCGUCCAUGCUAAACCCGGCACUGCAUGUAAUAUUGGCAAAUGUGGAUUCACUAUUACUCCAUAGCUCCAUAGAACCUCCUGUUACUGAACUUAAUGUUUCACAUAAGACUGAAAAUAAAGAAUGUUUGCUCCUGUUAAUGAAUGUAAUAAUUCACAUUAAUCAUAAAAAUAUAGAAUAUGUAAUUUAUUUGCUCCUUUAACUAAAUGUAAUUUGAUAAAUGAAUGUAAUUUGAUGAAUGUAAAAUACAGAAAAUGUAAGAUUUUUUACUCCUGUUAAAGAAUGUUAUGUUUCAACUGAAAAUACAGAAAAUGGAAUUUUUUGCUCUUGUUACUGAAUGUUAUGUUUCACAUAAGUCUGAAAAUAUAGAAUAUGUAAUAUUUUUGCUCCUGUUACUGAAUGUAAUGUUUCACAUAAGACUGAAAAUAUAGAAUAUGUAAUCUUUUUGCUCCUGUUACUGAAUGUUAUGUUUCACAUAAGACUGAAAAUAUAGAAUAUGUAAUAUUUUUGCUCCUGUUACUGAAUGUUAUGUUUCACAUAAGUCUGAAAAUAUAGAAUAUGUAAUAUUUUUGCUCCUGUUACUGAAUGUUAUGUUUCACAAAAGUCUGAAAAUAAAGAAUAUGUAAUGUUUUUGCUCCUGUAACUGAAUGUAAUGUUUAACAUAAUCUGAAAAUAAAGAGUGUGUUAUCUUUUUGCUUCUGUUACUGAAUAAAAUUGAAAAUACAAAAUAUGUAAUUUAUUUGCUACUAAAAGUGUGAAACAUGUAAUCUUUAAGCUGUUGGAUAUUUUUAGAGUAUUAUAACAAUUUUUUAGGACUGACUGAUAGAAGAUCACUGAUGCACUUACAUGCAAUACAAAACUGCUUGAACCAUUUUAUAAAGAAAUGAAAAUCAGAAUUACUUUUGUUAAGAAAUUAAGACUAUUUUAUGAUUUUUUUUAAACUUUGCAAAUGUAAACAAGUAUUAGAUAAAUUAUGUAUGGUAUGUAAAAAGGUGUCAUUGUUACAAACCUUACAAAUUUUUUUAUUUACCACUGUUCUGUUAUUAAGUAAUAAGAUUUCCUCUCAAACUAUAUUGUAUUAUUGUCAUGAUUACUUAACAACAGGUUCAUACAUUCUUCAGUAAUUGUCAACAAAAUUAUUGUGUAAGAAUUAUUAUAAUUUUUAUUACCCUUCCAGAUUUUUUCCGCCUUUUUGAUUGGAUAUUGAUCACCCGAAAGAAAUUAAUAUAACCGAGCCAGACGGGUAAUAUACACAUUAAAUUUCCCCGUUGGGUACCCAACGUUGUAAACGACAUGCGCUGAGGUGAUGCGCGUACGGUUCGAUUUUACGCGAUGUAAAUUCCGAUUUACCAGCACUUUUUAACAGUCAAAUGAUAAAUAUUUACCAAAGUAGAGUAAUGAUACAAAUUCUCAUCAGUAUUGAAAACAAAUAUGACCUUGUAAAAGCUUGAUAUUAAUUACAAAAAAGUGCUUUCAAUAGACUACUCCAUUUCUCUUGUUUACAUUCGUUAGGUACGGGAAAAAUACGUCAUGUAUUUAUGUGACAUCAUGUUGUGAUGAAGAGGUACCCUAAAUGGAAUCUUAUUUCGACGUUUCAUUUGAAAAAAAAAUUGUCUAAACUCGGCAGGGGAAGGGUAAUAAAAUUAUUAUUUUGGUUUCGGAGUGAUAUAAUGUGGAUAUAUUACCUGCCAAGAUAAAAUAUCACCCUCGCCUACCGGCUCGGGUGAUAUAAAAUCUUAGCAGGUAAUAUAUCCACAUAUAUCACUCCAAAACGAAAAUAACAUAUAAUGUUAUGUGUAAUGUUUGCCUAAAACCACUUUUUUCUAUACUUUUGAAAAAUAUAUUGUUGUAAAUACAAAUUAAGACACAAAGUAAAAGUGACAUAAAUUUAAUAAAUAAUUCGAAAUAGAAAUAAAGAAUAUUCAUCAAGGUAUUUGGCAGAUACCAGAUGCCUGUAUAUAAGCUUUCACAGUACUCUGGCAGUCACAUACUAAAAUUGACUGAAAAAGAAUAAAUCUUCUAGAGAUUAAAUAUUGUUUACUUUGUUAUUUUUUGUUUUCUUUAAAUUUGAUAUAUUUUUUAUAUCUUACUUAGUUACAAACUUUGUAAUUUUAUUUCAUUAUAGUUUAAAUAGUGAAAUGUUACAUUUUUACA